UUCAAAUACCCUUCAAAAUCGACACGUUAUUAAUCCAACAGUUAAUCAUUUAUUUUGUUUUUGGUGAGACACGCACGAAUCGUUUAAGGUCCCAGCUAAAGAUAUGUACGUGGACCCCACGCAACUUUGGCCAUUUCUACUGCGUCUUGCCCGGGAAGGAUCUCAGAGAUGGACAGCAGCAGAAAGAAGCUGAAAAUUAAGUGGCAACGGACUGUCACAACAGCCACGCGUCUCCAGGGACAUGCUGGCACACCACCGGGUACACCGCCUCACUGGAAUAGGUCUCAAAAUGAACAUUCAAAUACUUUGCUCAUCUGUGACUCUCUAGGAUCGGAGGGCCUAAGUCUGAACACACCCAAGAGAAAAUCAGAGGUGCUCUGUGAAAGUGUGCCCUCUUUAGGCAAAGUCAAGCUGAGGAAACUCACCAAGAAAAAAUCAGAGUCAUUCAAAGUUUUAAAGGAUAAACCUAUGAAUAACUCUCCCAAACAUGUGGAAAAGAGUGAGCCACUAUUGCCACCUCUGUCUCACUCUUUUGUCUCGAAAAAGAAGGAGAGGACACCUGAGGAGGGAUCAAAGGCAAUCUGUAGGAUGGCGCUGAUUGCAGCCAUUGGCAGCACAAGAACGGGGCACAACACUAAUAAUGUCCCCAGAACUGACACUAACAGCCGGUCUCUGCCACUUGUAUCUUCACCUGUACAGACUGAGGGUCUCAGUCAGACAUCCCUUGACAGAACAGUCAUCGAUAUAAACUACUUCUUGAGAAAACCUGACGAUGAAUCUGAGGAGAAUAUCGCUGCCCAGGAUGAUCAGUGCUCCCCUCUUCAAAUGUUGGAAGGCACAGAUGACAUCUCUGAGGAAAAGGAAGAUGACAGGAGUGUGGUUCUUAAAGCAGAGGAUCUUCACAAGAAGCUGAUUUUUCAUGGCUCUGAAAAGGCCACAUACCUAGGAAUGUUGUCUGCUCCAGAAAAUGAGCUUGAAGCUGAGGACUGUGACUCCUCUCUCCCUGAGUUCGAGUAUAUUGAUCAGAACAGCCAGGAACAACCUUUAGUGAAAACUGCAACUUCCUCCUUCACCUUCAUGUACCCUGAAAUCACUGAGACAGUCCAGGCUCACACUGAGGACACAGAGUUGCCUUUCUCACCAUCACAGAGGAUGGUCUUAUUCAAGACCCCACACCCCCCAAACGUGGGCCUUCCAAUGUCAUCCAGAGUUGAGACAGGGAAUUUUCACUCCUCCAAAAUGACGUCCCGUUUAUCAGAUCCCUAUGCCCUGCCGCUACUCUCAAAUGAAGGCACAUCAGAACCUUACCUGAACGCCACAGCCUCACGCAGGCAGUCGGAUGGUAGCUCUUCCAUGCAUUACUCCCGCUUUACCCGUGGUUACACUCCUAAGAGAAGAUUGUCCUUGGGUGCCGAACCUUUAUGGACAAGUUAUCCCUGCCGGGACAGUGAGGUUGGUUUCAUAGACACUCACUGCCAUCUCGACAUGCUCUAUGGAAAACUCGGGUUUCAAGGGACAUUUAGGAGCUUUCGCAAGUUUUACUAUAACAGCUUUGCUCCAGAGUUUCAAGGGUGUAUUACUGACUUCUGCAACCCAGACAUCAUGGUUAAGGAGGCCCUAUGGGAGGGUUUGCUGGCUGAAGAGAUGGUAUGGGGGGCUUUUGGAUGUCACCCCCACUUUGCGAAAGGCUACUCAAAUAUUCAGGAACAGAACAUACUGAUGGCGAUGAGGCAUCCAAAGGCUGUGGCAUUUGGUGAGAUGGGGUUGGACUACUCACACAAAAACUCAACUGAUACUUCCAGACAGAAAGAGGUGUUUGAACGUCAACUGCAUUUGGCUGUGGCCAUGCGGAAACCUCUGGUGAUCCACUGUAGGGACGCAGAUGAUGACCUGCUGAAAAUCAUGAAAAAAUGUGUCCCUAGAGAUUACAAAAUCCACAGGCACUGUUUCACAAACAGUUACCCAGUGAUUGAGCCCUUCCUAACAGAGUUCCCCAACCUGUACGUGGGCUUCACAGCGCUGAUCACCUACUCCAGUGCCACUGAGGCCAGAAACGCUGUCCGCCAGAUCCCUCUCAACCGCAUUGUGUUGGAGACAGAUGCACCAUAUUUCCUGCCAAGAAAGGUCGGUAGAGAUGUUUGCCGGUUUUCACAUCCUGGAAUGGGCAUCCACACGCUGCAGGAGCUGAGUCUGCUGAAGGGGGAAGACGUGGCCACAGUCCUCAACACUGUCCGCAGCAACACCACUCUCCUGUAUGGUCUAUAACCUUCAGAGAUAAAAACACUGGUUGGUGAGAAAAAACAUUUUUCUGGUUUAUUUUUGGACAUAUAAAUCUCUACUGUACGGAUGUAGGAUAAUGGGGAUGAUUUAUUUUAACCAACCUGAAAGACUCGCAAAUAGAUCCAGGAAAAAAUAAAAAAAAACAAAAGAGCUGACAUAAAUCUGCCUCCUGCCUGGUGGAGCUUCUUUGUGUGAGAGUUUAUCUGUGUUCGUGCAAAAUAAUUCUUAAGUAGUCUGGUGUUUAUUUUGUUUCUGCUAUGUUUUCAUAGAAUGUUACUUGUCUGUUCUGGUUUAUUUGGGCGUUUGUCUUUCGCAGCUGGUGUGUUGUCAAGUUUAGUUUGAUGCACUGGAUACAUAUUAAAAGUCCUAAUACUUCA